AUGACCGUAGUCGAGGAAGUCGCCAUACUCAAGCAACGCGCCAAAAGGAAGGCGGAAGGCGGGAAAAUUUCCCCUUUUCUGCUCAAUCUCGCCGAGCUUGAGGAUGAAUAUCACAACGUUUGGCUCAGUCCCGAUCACAGAGUGCACAUACUAAUGCCGCUAUACCCCGGUGGUGAUCUCCGACGGUAUUACAACUACAUAAAUGACAUACAAAUGCAACUGAUCAUUGCCGAACUGGGCACCGUGGUCAUCACCGAUUUUGGUGCUGCCCGCCGCAUGGAGCCUGGAAAACAGACCAUGCGAACCACCUCAGAAAUGGUGUUGAGCGAAGCAUACACAGCACCAGAAUUAGCUGCAGUAUUCGAUACGGCGUCACCAGGUCAAUCGGAAUACAACUCUUUGGUGGACAUGUGGUCUCUAGGUGUGACCAUCGUGGCAUUGAUUCGCGGCAAGGAUUUUGAGGAAGGUGAAGAAAUAUGGGUCCGAGCCCCGGUUUCCAAUGCCAGAUUGCGAAUGUUUGUUAGCGGACAUGCGCUGUGGCCGGACAAGCUCUGGGAUUUUCUCUGCGCCUCUGAUCCGGCGUCCAUAGCGCAAGGGCUUCUUGAAUCAGACAUCACGAAACGCACCAACGAGGAUUAUGCGAUCUGGGCGGAUCCAUACAUGGAAAACCUGGCUGACCUGUACACAACUGCGAAGGUGGCGGUCGUAAUCCGCCGCUCAAGACAUGCCCUCCAGCCGGACAACAGCUCGACAAAGUUGCAGGCGUGA